AAAUUGCCCUCAUCCAAGAUGGCGGCCGAAGCGACCGUGAGAGGGAUCCUAGAGCGGAGGCCUUGUUUAUCCCCGCUCCUGCAGGCGGUGCUCUCCGUCUAGAGGCCUCCUCCUCCUCCUCCUCAGUCUCUAUGGCACCGGCCCUUGCGGCGCCCUUGCGGUGGGCCCGAGGGGGCCAAGGGAACCCGGGCGAAGGCUCCCCGGGGGCGGCGUGAGGCGGAGGCGGAGGAGGCCAUGCCUCUGGGGGAGUACGCCUUCGUCAGGGCGGUGGGGAAGGGCAGCUACGGGGAGGUCAGCCUCGCCAAGCACCACAGGGACAGCAAACAGUAUGUUAUCAAAAGGCUGAACCUUAAACAUGCGUCGCGCCGUGAGAGGAAAGCAGCAGAACAAGAAGCCCAGUUGCUGUCUCAGCUGAAGCAUCCUAAUAUAGUCACUUACAGAGAGUCCUGGGAAGGAGAAGAUGGUUUCCUAUACAUUGUCAUGGGCUUCUGUGAAGGAGGAGACAUGUAUCACAAGCUGAAAGAACAGAAGGGACAACUUUUGCCAGAAAGUCAGGUGGUGGAAUGGUUUGUUCAAAUCGCUAUGGCAUUGCAGUAUUUGCAUGAAAAACAUAUUCUGCACAGAGAUCUCAAAACCCAGAAUGUUUUCCUGACACGUUCAAAUAUCAUCAAAGUGGGAGAUCUGGGAAUAGCUAGAGUACUGGAAAAUCAGUAUGACAUGGCUAGUACUCUGAUUGGCACUCCAUACUAUAUGAGCCCUGAGUUGUUUUCUAACAAGCCUUACAAUUAUAAGUCUGAUGUUUGGGCUUUGGGUUGCUGUGCCUAUGAAAUGGCCACUUUGAAGCAUGCUUUCAAUGCUAAAGACAUGAAUUCCUUAGUUUAUCGAAUCAUUGAAGGAAAGCUGCCCCCAAUGCCAAAAGAUUACAGCAUUCAGUUGAAAGAGCUGAUAAGAACUAUGCUUAGUAAAAAGCCAGAGGAGAGACCCAGUGUGAGAAGCAUACUGAGACAACCGUACAUCAAGCACCAAAUUUCUCUGUUUUUGGAAGCUACAAAGGCGAAAACAUCAAAAAAUCAUAAGAAAAUUUCUCAACACAAUCCCAAUAAUUCCUCAGCGAAGGAUGAAGUGCAAAAUGGAAAUAUAAUAGCUGAGAAGUUUCCCAGUGAACAUUCCCUGAAAGCUAAAGAGAAUGAAGAGAGGCGUUUAAUCAGUAAUAAAACCUUUGAAGUUUCUUCCUCAGAAAAACUGGCCCCUGAGCCCGAAAAAAGUGCAAACAAGAAUGGUUUGAACAGUACAGAUAUAUCUAUGGCAACCAUGAGCAAAGUGGACAUAGUUAUAAUUCCAGUGGAAAAGAAGAACUGUAGAAUUGAACAUUUAGUAGACGAUAAAAAAGUCAACCAUUUAUAUCCUUCCACUAAAGCAAAGUCUGAAACCGCAAUAACUGGUCUAUACCCUACUGAAGAAUUACUGCAGAAAGUCAGAAAGCCAUGCCUGGAAAUGGACAAUGUAGAUAGUAAAGAGACGGUUGGUGCCACAAAUGAUAAUGACGACACCAUGAAACUUCUGCAGCUUGUUUCUCAAGCGGGAAACGUAAAUGAUAGAAGUCUGGAUUCUACUGAGAAACUACUAAUACCAUUUGUUCCUGUAGAAAAUAUGGAUGAAGGUCCCGGUGAAAAUCCAGACAAAGAUAAAGAUAAAAUUCAGAAUGAAAGCACUUACUUUCAACCUCAAGGAUCAGUUCAUGAACCUUCUCUAUCCCGGCAACGAUGGCAGAAAAAAAGAGACCAGUUACAGGCGUGUUCAGAGAAUGUUUCUCGAAGGCUGCCUUCUCCUCCCAGUGUGAAUACAAAGACAAAAGAAGACAACAUAGACAAACAGAAUGCUCCAGGUCCAAGGGUGCUAAGCAGAUCUAGAAGCAUUGAUGAAGCAGUUUUUAAGGCUCGGCCAUUAUCAGCACGAGAGAGGAGGAGACUAAAGCAAUCCCAAGAAGACAAACUUCUUUCUGGGCUUGCUAUCAGACGAGCAUCUCACUGUAUAUCCACAGAAACAAAAUUUUCACAGGAAGAUUAUCAUGAUCAAAUUGCUCUGUUUCCUUCAGAAUCCAAGAAAAAGAACUUGCCUAACUGUUCUAUGGAGGAUGAACUAAGCUCUUCCACCAGCUCUACUGAGAGAUCUGAUGGAGAUUGUAAAGAAGGGAAAACAAAUGAGAUGAAUGACUUGGUACAGGUGAUGACACGAACACUGAAAAUGGACAAUAAAGAAAAUUGUUCACAAUCUGCAAUACCCGAAUCUCAAUUUAGAGUUAAUAGGAAGUACAGGGACACCUUGAUUUUACAUGGGAAAGCAUCAGAACCAGAUGAAUUUCCAUUUCAAGAACUUCCCACAGAUGUUCUGUCUGGACCUGAAAAGAUUAAGAGAUUGGUUGAAAUUCUAAGAGCAGAUGUAGUUCAGGGACUUGGAGUGGCAUUGCUAGAGAAGGUGUAUGAUGUCCUGGAGGAAGAUGAUGAACAUAAGAGAGAGCUGUAUCUGCGGGAGCUCAUGGGAGAAAAGUACACAUCUUACAGCAUGAAGGCCCGUCAUUUAAAGUUCUUAGAAGAUAAUGUGAAGCUUUAACAAAUAUCUCAUUUGAGUCACUCCUUAAAAGAACAAAACUUUAUUCCAUUGUUUAUAGCGGACUGGACUAUACACAUUAAUCUGCAGAGUACAAUUUUUACUGUACAGUACUGUUUUUUUAAUUAAUUGUAGAGCUUGUUGGGUUUAUCAAUAGCAAUGUAUUUGACAAAGGUAAUAAAAGAUAUAGAUA